AUGCACGGAAAUAAGAACCGCGAUACACCAUUUAAAGAACAACAAAGUAGCAAAGUGGACCCCGACUUGGCUGUCGAUGAUCUUAAGAACUGCAAUAACUGGCGUGGAAUCACCAUUCUGUUCGUAUUUCCAAAGCUAAUGGCAACCAUCAUUCUCGAGAGGAUAAAAUCUAAGAUCGAGUGUGCGUUCAAGAGUCAUCAAGCGGGACUUCGCAGUCUUCAAAAAUGCGUCGACCACAUUAACACCUUGCGAAUUAUUAUUGAACAAUACUCGGAGUACCAAUCUGCGCUUUACCUCAUGUUCGUCGAUUUUGAAAAGGCCUUCGAUCGCGUUAGUCGUGAUGUUAUCUGGAGAUCGCUGGUUGCUAGAGGCAUUCCUGAUAAAAUUGUUGCUAUAUUUUCCGAUGCAUUUGAAGUGCGACAGGGAGUAAGACAGGGUGAUAUAUCGUCACCGAUUCUGUUCUUGCUUGCUAUUAAUGAUGUUGUGACUGCUAAGGGUGAACCCGAGAGACUGGGAGUAUGCUGA